GCGCCGUGUCGCCGCGCGCCUCCCCUCGGGGCGGGCCCGGCCGGGGCUCGGCGCGGCGAGGCGACGGCCCGCGCUGGCGGCGGCGCGGCGGCCCGAGGCCCGAGAUGGUGAUCUGCUGCGCGGCCGCCAACUGCUCCAACCGGCAGGGCAAGGGGGAGAAGCGCGCCGUGUCCUUCCACAGGUUUCCCCUCAAGGACUCCAAGCGCCUGCUGCAGUGGCUGAAGGCCGUCCAGAGGGAUAACUGGACCCCCACCAAGUACUCCUUCCUCUGCAGCGAGCACUUCACCAAGGACAGCUUCUCCAGAAGGCUGGAGGACCAGCACCGCCUGCUCAAGCCCACCGCCGUGCCCUCCAUCUUCCACCUGGCCGAGAAGAAGCGGGCGGCUGGAGGCCAUGGGCGCGCCCGCAGGAAGGACCCCAGGAAGGCCCUGGGGGGCCUGAGGGCACGUGGGGGCCAGGCGGAUGGAAGCGGAGGCGCUGUAGCGUCUUCGUCGGCACCGAGCGAGAGCCCGAUGGCGCAGCCCGAGCCCCGGAGAGGCAAGCGAGCCUGUCUGCAGGGCGAGGCCUUCCCCGGAGCCUCUUCCGAGCAGGGGCCGCCGGCACCGGACGGCUUUCCCGGAGAGGGUCUGGCCAGCACGUCGUCCUCCUCCUCGUCCUCUUCGUCCUCGUCCUCGGGCAGCCAGGGCACCGGCAGUGCGUCCGCAAGCGAGGGCGGCGAAGACGGGGCCCCGGCUGACAGGAGCGGCAUCUCCAUGGAUGACUUUACCCCGCCCGGCUCGGGGGCCUGCAAGUUCAUCGGCUCUCUUCAUUCUUACAGCUUCUCUUCCAAGCACGCUCGGGAGAGGCCGUCGGUGCCCCGAGAGCCUGUCGACCGCAAGAGGCUGAAGAGAGACCCCGAGCCCAGCUGCAGUGGCACCAGCCUGGGGCCUGACAAGGGCUUGGCCCACAGCCCCCCGAGCUCCACGCUCACUGCGACGCCCCAGGAGCCCUCCCAGAGCCCCUCGGCGCCCCCCACCGACGUCACCCCCAAGCCAGCCGCGGAGGCCGUGCAGAGCGCACAGAGCGACGCCAGCCCCAUGUCCAUCAACGAGGUCAUCCUCUCGGCCUCGGGGGCCUGCAGGCUCAUCGACUCGCUGCACUCCUACUGCUUCUCCGCGCGCCAGAGCAAGAGCCAGGUGUGCUGCCUGCGCGAGCAGGUAGAGAAGAAGAACGGCGAGCUGAAGAGCCUGCGCCAGCGGGUCAGCCGCUCCGACAGCCAGCUGCGCCAGCUGCGCGAGAAGCUGGACCAGCUGCGCAGAGCCAGCUCCCCUCGCCUGGGCGGCCUGCUGGCCCCCGGCCGCGAGCCGCCCCAGAUGAACCCAGCUGUGGAGCCGCUGUCCUGGAUGCUGGGCACGUGGCUGUCCGACCCGCCGGGCACCGGCACCUACCCCACGCUGCAGCCCUUCCAGUACCUGGAGGAGGCGCACAUCUCCCACGUGGGCCAGCCCAUGCUCAACUUCUCGUUCAACGCCUUCCACCCCGACACACACAAGCCCCUGCACCGCGAGUGCGGCUUCAUCCGCCUCCAGCCCAACACCAACAAGGCGGCCUUCGUCAGCGCCCAGAACACAGGCAUCGUGGAGGUGGAGGAGGGCGAGGUGAACGGGCAGGAGCUGUGCCUCGCGUCCCACUCCGUCGCCAGGGUCUCCUUCGCCAAGGAGCCUCACGUGCAGCAGAUCACCCGAAGAUUCCGGUUAAACUCGGAAGGCAAACUUGAGCAGACGGUCUCCAUGGCAACCACUACCCAGCCGAUGACUCAGCAUCUCCACAUCACCUACAGGAAAGUGACCCCGUGACCCAGAGCAAGCUUCGUCAGGCGGGGCCUGGCCACCAUGGGGGGACACGGGCCUUGUGGGCUCGUAGAGUGUCGCCGCGUGCCCCUGUAAUGGCAGAGUAAAACCAAAUAAAAGGCCUUUAUUUUUAUGGCUGAGCAUUUUGGAUAGGA